AUGCACGUCGCAGCGGAUGAAAAGUCGAUUAAUUUUAUAAGCGCUUUGUAUAGGCGUGUACAGGCUAAGGAUAUUACCAUCCCGGCCAACGCUAAACCGAGACUGAGUGAUGCCGAUAAGAAGCCGCAUUUGGUGGAUAUUCCAUUGGCAGAUGUGCCGAGUGGGAGUGGGAGUGGCUCCAGCUCUAAUACCCCUGCCACACUCAAUCUCACCGUCAAGAACGUCAAAGCGUCUCAAUCGGCUGAGAUUUCCGUGCAGUCGUCGUCGACGAUCGCUGAUUUGAAAUACAAGGUCGUUGAGGCUGCUUUGGCUCCUUCCGUGGGCGCUCAGCGACUUCUCCUCAAGGGGAAGGCAUUGAUGGAUGACAAGUUGGUCAAGGACUACGACGCUCUGUCUUCAGGCGGUGUGUUGACUCUUAUGCUGCGCGGAGGUGCACCUUCCACACCAUCUUCAAUUGCACCUUCAAAUGCCCCUUCAAAUGCUUCUUCAAAUACCCCUCCACCUCAAAAAAUCCCUCAUGUCGCCCUCACCUCAGCAGACAGCGACAGUGCACGCACAGCACCUGAUCCAGCAGUCGACAUGCACUCCACCACCAAAUCAGACUACGAAGCCACUCUCGCCGAUUCAAGAUUGUGGAAAAAGCUCGCUGCGUUCCUGAAUGCAGAGUUUAAGAGUGACGAGUAUGGAAAAAGAGCACUCGAGACUUUCUUUUUGUCGAUAAAAUCAACCCUCUCACCGUCAGAAAUAGCUCGUAUACGUGAAGAAGCUGGAUUUGAGGCCAUGUGA